UACCUACCCAAUGCCGUGCGUAAAAGAUAUUUUGGAAAGACACUUGGAUAUCUAGAAGUAGCUUUUUUUAAAAUGGCCUACAGCACAAACUGAUCACAGACGGAAACCUUCGCGUCUGAAGACAACCGAAGAGUGUAUCGGUGCAGGAACGAUAGUCUCUGACUGUGUUUUUACGCCUGAGAACCAGAAGUUUUCUGCUCGAUGAGAACCUCGCACGGCCCCGCUUGACCAGCCUCGGACGACCAGGAGUCGCCAAAGUCACAGGUCAAAGAGUUAUUUAUCUUUCCAAUAGAUUCUAGCCAUGUGUGCACUCAGUAGUUGGAGAUAAAGCUGCAGCAAAAGUCUGGUGUGGUUGUGAGGGGGAGAGGGAGAGUGUGUGCGCGCGCUCGCCGGACCACAGGAGGAGGAAAUCUGGGAGAGAAAGGGAAGAGAAGCGGCGUCUCCAAGGAUGACUUUAGGGACGGAUAUGUCCGACAGCUCUGCAUUGUCCGAAGAUGUGGACAUCGAUGUGGUUGGGGGUGACAUAUCCGUCGGAAAGGACGGAAAGUACAUUCACCAGGAGUUCAACUUGGACAAUGACUCGGACGAUAACUACUCCCAGAACGCGGCCGAGAGGAGUUCCUCUCCCGGUCUCAGCAGCUCCGACUGCCCAGACCAGAUGGGGUCCAGCGCAGAGGCCGGGUCCGUGAUUGGGGACAAACCCAGAAAAAGUGCACUUGUGAAGCCACCCUACUCUUACAUCGCCCUGAUCACCAUGGCCAUCCUGCAGAGCCCCAAGAAACGCCUCACUCUCAGUGAGAUCUGCGAGUUCAUCAGCAACAGAUUCCCUUACUACCGGGAGAAAUUCCCUGCGUGGCAAAACUCUAUUCGUCACAAUCUUUCGCUAAACGACUGCUUCGUGAAAAUCCCACGGGAGCCCGGCAACCCCGGAAAGGGCAACUACUGGACUCUCGACCCGGAUUCCGCGGACAUGUUCGACAAUGGCAGCUUCUUGCGCAGGAGGAAGCGCUUCAAGAGGCACCAAACGAAUGAAAUCCUCAGGGACUCCGGUGGCUUUCUACCCGGGUUUGGAUACGGUCCGUAUGGAUACAACUAUGGACUUCAGCUGCAGAACUUCCACGCAGCUCACAACCCGUAUCACCCACACCACACAGGUAGCUCAUUCCCGUUCCCUAACGCCCCCUGCACCUUGCCCUCAUCAGCCUCCAUAUUCCCUGCGCCGCAUCCCCUGCCCUCCCUUUUAGGGGCCGAUUUAAGAAAGCCUUUUUAUCCUCAACUAAGCCCGUCUCUGCCGCCUCUCAAGACGGACUCCAGCACCCCGAGUCGGCCUUCGUUCUCCAUUGACAAUAUCAUCGGUGCAGCCAACUCCACCGCCUCUUCCUACAGCGCGCAGCCGGGCAGCCAGGCUCAGAUCCUGGCCAUGUUGACCCCGGCACUGGCCUCUGCUUCAAGUCACUUGAACCUAUCACAGGACAGUAUAUUACAUCCUGGGCCACAGAGUGAGACUUUUUCCAGCAAAACCCCGAAUAUGAACACAUGUCCUUUCUAAAAGUAAAAGAGGAAAGAAAAGAAAAAAAAAAAGAAAACAAAAAGAAAACCAUUAAAGCUGGCGCUGAAUGGCCGCUUUUAUUAAA